UUGAAUACACAACAAGCAGGAGCAAAAAGGUCAAUCAUGUCCACCAAGAAAUAAAAAAUAGGAAAAGAAGCCGUUGAAGAGGGAGAGCGUCACGAAAACGAAGCAUGAAAUAUAUGAAUACCCUCCAAAAACGGAGCAACAAGCAGAGAAUGAAAUAAUGAAAUAACCCAAAACACCCGAACAAAGAAAAAAAGUAUAGAGCACAAAAACGCACUCACACAGAUUGAGAAUGAUAGGAUGGGUGAAACAGUUGAACGCAGCGUUUGGGGCUUCGUUUCUUUGGCUGAUUUGCUUGAUUUACUUCACCCAGGGGUUCAGAUCCUUUGUCUGGACAGCGGUUUCGUACCAGCUGAAAGACGGGCUUAAGUUAUCACCCUCGGCCUCCCAGUUCGUGUCUUCAGUAGCAUUUUUUCCGUGGAGCAUCAAACCAUUAUAUGGAAUUGUGUCUGAUUGUAUCCCGAUUAAAGGAAGAAGAAGGAUUCCGUACUUGGUGAUUGCUACUGUGCUUUCUCUCGUGCCAUGGGUUAUUUUAGGCCUAAAUGCAAACCUGAGGAGUUCCAGAUGGCACCUCACGAUUGUCUUAACAGUGCAGAACCUGGGCUCAGCCAUGGCAGAUGUUGUGGUUGAUGCAAUGAUUGCUGAGGCAGUAAGAUUUGAGCGGGCCGCAUUUGCUGGAGACCUCCAGUCAAUGUCUUGGUUGGCAAUGGCUUUGGGAGGAAUAUGUGGAAGCAUGCUUGGAGGAGUUGCAUUUACCAACUUGCAGAUAGAUACAAUUUUUCUUCUUUUUUCUAUACUUCCAGCUAUACAGUUACUAUCGUGUGGUUUGGUAGAGGAGAAAUCUGCAGGCAGUAAAAUGUUGCCUGAGUUUUCUAAUUCAAAAAGCUCCCACAUGGUCAAUGGGAACAGUAGUGUUCUUGAUGAAGAUAAUUUCUUAGCAAAGAAGUCCUAUAUCAGCACUUCAAGGAGAAAGAAGAGCCAAAAGAAAAGCAAAAAGGAAGCAGUAAUCCCUAGUAAUUCCCGGAUUCAUGAAAAAACCAACUUCUUGGCAUUACAGUGGUUCCACUCUGUGAAAGCAGCUGCUUACAGUUUGUGCCAUGCUUUUAGGCAACCAAUCAUUUUGAGACCAAUGACUUGGUUUUUCCUUGCACAUAUUACUGUUCCAAAUCUGUCAACGGUCAUGUUCUAUUACCAGGCAGAGUUCUUGAAUUUGGAAGCGUCUUUCUUGGGGACGGCACGUGUUGUUGCAUGGUUAGGCCUGAUGCUUGGAACCUUCAUUUAUAAUAAGUACUUUAAGACAAUGAAGUUACGAAAAAUCCUCCUGUCGGCUCAUAUCGGCUUGUCUUUCUUGAGUCUCCUAGAUAUUGUGUUAGUGUCUCGAUUGAAUAUUGCCUUUGGAAUAUCGGAUAAGAUCAUGGUGCUUUUUGGAUCAGCUCUCCCUGAUGCAGUCAAUCAAUUAAAGUUUAUGCCAUUCCUGAUCUUAUCAGGACAGCUUUGCCCUCCCGGAAUUGAAGGGACUUUAUUUGCCCUUUUUAUGUCCAUAAACAACUUAGGAUCCACUUUGGGAUCAUUCAUGGGUGCUGGGUUGGCUUCAAUUUUGAACAUCUCUUCGGGUUCUUUUGACAACCUUGGUUUAGGCAUUGCCAUUCAAGUCCUCUGCACUUUCAUUCCGAUUGCUUUUCUGUUUUUGAUACCAAAGGAAGCUACAGGAAUAUCAGCUUAGAUAGUGAUUGAUUCUUCAAUGGAAAAGGGGACAACCCAAAACCAACAUUGACACAGGAUUCUUCUUUUCUUUUCCUCCACUGCAGUGAUGGAAUAGUGGUGGAGACUUGCAGACCUGCACUAAAAGUUUUUGAAGUUUUUGGCUUCUUCUGAAUUGUAGUUUUCCAUUUAGAGCAUGGCUCUGGUGAUUCUGAUAUAUAUAUAACUAUGUAGAACAGUUUUGGCUUAGUAAUGGAAUAUAAAAUACAGAAUGUUAGUUUCCU